AUGAAUGAGUACUACUACACCUACUCCAAGCUCCGACAGGAGUUUGGACGCCAUUGCAACUUCGAGGUUUCCGAGCCUAAAUUGCUCGGAGCGAUUGACCAAAAGCCGGAGUUGCGGGAACAGUAUGUGUGGAAAAACCCCCGGACAUUUGUGUCGGACAACAUUAUUGAAAUGUCCGAGCACAUGGUCAACACGGAGAGAGUCAGCGUCGGUACGAAGGGAAUGAAGCAUGUGGAAGGAGGCUGGCCUAAGGAAGUGGAUCCUUCUGAGAUUCAAGAAACAGCAAAAUGGCGGAAGCGCCUAGACCGCGACCCGGGCUUCGCUACGGCUAUCAAGCAGUUGAGCGCCGAAGCCACUCGGCCGCUUAUGCAGAAUGACACUUUGGACAUCUUCGAGGAGUAUUUCGCCGGCGAGACUUUCCAAAACACGUCUGACAACCUUUCCGCAAAGUCUCUGAUGCUUUUCAAGGACCCUGUGACGGAGUGCAAACGCACCGCCACGUGCAUCGCCUGGCAUCCCGAAAGCGCGACGAAGUUCGCCGCGGCCUAUGCCAUUCUGAAGUUUCAGAAACAGCCGGAUCCGAUGCCUGCGCAAGCCUACAUCUGGGACGUUACGCAGUCCAACACACCGCUGACCGCGUUGAGCGGUCAAAGCCCGCUGGUUUCCAUCAUGUACAACACAAAAAUCACGGACGUCAUUGUGGGAGGCUGCUACAACGGGCUCAUCUCCUUGUGGGACUUGCGCAAAGGAACAAAGCCAACAGAAACGUCUCAGACGGAAACGAGCCACUACGAUCCUGUCUACGACGUCAUGUGGCUUCAAAGCAAGACGAACAACGAACUCGUCUCGGUCUCCACAGACGGCUGCGUACUCUGGUGGGACGCGCGCAACCUCGCCGCCCCCGUGGAAGACUACGAGCUGCCCGACACCGCCAACUCCUCGCAGACGAUCGGCGGCAUGUGCCUCGAAUGGAGUGUCGACGCCGGACCAACGAAGUACCUCGUCGGCACAGAGCGCGGCGUGACGGUGACUUUGAAGAAAAAGCCGAAGAAGGGAGACACCAAAUCCGUCGAGGUGGCACAGAGGUUUGGCCAGGAGACCGGAAAACACUACGGCCCCGUUUACGCUGUUCGGAGAAACCCCUUCCACCCCAAGUACUUCCUCACAGUCGGCGACUGGACGGCAAAGAUCUGGAUGGAGGAAAUCAAGUCGCCGAUCAUCAGCUCCGACCACCACCAGGCGCCGCUGCUGAACUGCCAGUGGAGCCCAACGCGCCCGGGGUUGUUCAUGGUUUGCCGAGAAGACGGGUACCUUGACUUCUGGGACUACUAUUACAGACAGAACGAAGUCACGUUCCAGCACAAGGUGUCUGACGCAGCCUUGUGGGCGAUAGCAGUGCAGAGUCAAGGACAGCACGUGGCAGUCGGAGACUCAAACGGCGCCGUCACCCUGCUGGAGCUCUGCGAGGGCCUCCACGUGGCGGCCGCCAACGAGAAGGUCGCCGUGGGGCAAAUGUUUGAGAGAGAGACCCGGCGGGAAAAGAACAUUGAGCAGUCCCGGCGACAGGCAGAAGCGCGCAGAUCCGAAGAGAAGUCUGCGGCUAGUAAAGCGGCUGAGCCCGCGAAAGGCAAACUGUCGACGCCGGAGACGCUGCUCAAGCUCCGCGAAGAGUUCUUUGCGGCUGUUGGAAUCGACCCGACAGCCGCACGUCCGCGGAAAAGCGCCGACAGAGUAUCCGCUGUCGCGAGUCCAGCCUCGCCGUCAUCCCGGCCUACAGAGGAGACGAGCAGCUGA